AUGUCGACGACCUCACUUCUUCUCUCAACCAAAUUUCUUUGGAUGACAACCAUCGACCACGCUCCUUCCGCUUACCCUCUUUCAAUAGUGACUGUGACGAAGAUUCUAACGAAUUGGAUGGCAUGCAGGGAAAUGCUAAUGAAUCGAACCAAGCUCCAAUUUAUUCCUCCUCUUCAGGCGACUCAACUCGUUUAA